AUUGUAUAAUGUCUCUGCAGAGCCAUUCACAGAAGAAGACAGGGCUGAAGAGAGAAAUCAGAAUCAAAAUUUAGAUGAGAUGGAACCUGAAGAAGAUGAACAAAUAGAUGAAGAAACUGAAAAUAUUUUAAAGAACAGGAGAAUGGGAGAAACAAUGACUUAUUGUCCUGUGGCUUAUGGGACGAGUCAUGUGCUUUGGAAAGGAAAGGAUGAUCUACUAACAAAGUACAAAGGCAAAGUAUAUACAUUUUCUGAUGAAGAAGCAAUGGAAAAGUUUAUGAAUGAACCAUGGAGUUAUGUGAAGCGUCACAAACCAGAAAAGUUCUUAUCUCCACUUCGUAUAUGCAUAGUUGGACCUGCGGGCAGUGGAAAAACUUCAGUGGGAAAAUUAUUGGCUCGAAGCCUUGGAUUAUUUCACAAAGAUUUGGCAUUAGAAAUAAAUCGUACCUUAAUUCCAAAAUGCAAACCUCUAGGAAGGAAGGCGCAAUAUUUAGAAGGAAGAUAUAUAAAGAAUGAAUCUUUUGUGAGGCCAUCAGAAGAGACUUUACAAGGAGAACAACCACAAAUCGAAGGAAAUGAAGGCGAACAAUCUCAAAUAAAUGAAUCAGAGAACGAAAUAAAUAUUGAUGUAGAAAACAGAAAAUUAAGAGAAUCAGUUGAACAAUAUUUAACAGAUGGAACCCCUAUGCCAGAGACAUUGUUAUCAAAAAUUUUAGCUCCAUUAUGGAAUGAUGAACCAUAUCUUUGUAAUGGUUUUGUUCUGUCUGGAUUUCCCUGGCAUCCAGAAGAUGUUGAUAUAAUGAAGAAAAAUUAUUUUAUUCCAGAUAUGAUAAUAUAUCUCUCUAUUCCAAAUGAAGAAAUUGCCAAAUCACGACUUCUACAAGAAAUGAAAGAAUUUCAUGAGAAAGAAAUUGCAAAACAAAAGCGGAAAGCUGAAAAAGAACAAGCACGACUAGCAGCACUUGCUGCAGAAGGUGCACAUGAUUCAUCAUCCUUACAUUUGGAGUUACAAGAUUUCUUAUUCAAACACCUACAACAGGCAUUAUCAUAUGAACAAGUAGGGGAGCGUGAUGAAAUCACUGCAGGGGAAAAUGAAUUUGAAGGUGAGGAAGAGGAAGACCUACAAGAAAUACUGCGAAUGCAAUACGAAGAUGACAUUCAAGAAUGGUUCCUUAGUGAUAUGGAGAAAUUGGAAAACAUUAGGGCUUUGGCUGAAGAACAUGGUUUUAACUGGCUUGAAAUAAAUGCAGUCAAUGAAAUGCAAGAUGUAUGCCUUCGUAUAGUGCACGAAGUAUAUCCUUUGACACUGAGAAGCUCAUCCACAUUUGAACAAACAUUUCCUAUUACAUUUGAAGAAGCAGAACAACUUCUAAAAACAGGAUACUACUUUUUGAGCCAAUUUGGAAGAUGGUGUCCAGUACAACUGGCCGCUAAAGAAAUUCCUAUUCAAUUAUUUGAGCCCAUGAAUCAAAAAGCUCAAGUAUUUCCAGUAAUACACCGCCGGUUCAUCUAUUUUUUAGGAGGCCUAGAAAAUUUAACUCUGUUUCAAAAAGAUCCUCUGAAAUACAUAUCAAAUGCUCAAGCAUUGCCUUCAAUACCUGUAAAAAUUGGAAUAAUUGGUCCACCUAAAAGUGGGAAGUCAUCCUUAGCUAAACGUCUAUCAAAGGAACUCAAUAUCAAAGUAAUAACAAUAGGACAAGCAAUCCGCUAUGUUUUGGAAGAUUUAAGCUGGACUGAACUGGCACUUGCAGUGGAUGAUGUUUUGAGGGAAGGUGAAGUGAUUCCAGCAAAAAUGGCAAUGCGUUGUGUUGAAGCAGCUUCCAUGGAUCCC